AGUACUUACCGGCUCUCUCUUCUUUUCCGGCGCAGCGCGGCGCGUGUGGUUUUCAGGGUUUUUGUCGCCAUGAGUGUCCCGGCAUUUAUUGACGUAACGGAGGAGGACCAGGCUGCAGAACUGCGGGCCUACCUGAAGUCUAAAGGUGCUGAAAUCUCAGAAGAGAACUCAGAGGGUGGACUGCAUAUAGAUUUGGCUCAAAUUAUUGAAGCAUCUGAUGUCUGUCUGAAGGAAGAUGAUAAAGAUGUUGAGAGCAUCAUGAAUAGUGUGGUCUCCCUUCUUUUGAUCUUGGAACCUGAUAAGCAGGAAGCAUUAAUUGAGAGCCUGUGUGAGAAACUGGUGAAGUUCCGGGAGGGUGAAAGACCAUCAUUAAGGCUUCAGCUGUUAAGUAACCUUUUCCAUGGCAUGGAUAAGACCGCCCCUGUUAGGUACACUGUAUACUGCGCCCUCAUCAAAGUAGCAGCUACAUGUGGAGGAAUCGUUUACAUUCCUACUGAUCUCGAUCAGGUUCGAAAAUGGAUUUCAGACUGGAACCUCAGCACAGAAAAGAAGCAUGUUCUCCUCCGUCUGCUUUAUGAAGCACUUGUUGACUGCAAAAAAAGAUUUAACACUGCACCAGAACCCAUCAACCUCCAGAUACAAGAUACCAGCAACGGCCUGCAGACAUGUGACGAAGCUGCUAAAGUGAUGGUGGAGCUGUUAGGAAGCUACACUGAUGACAACGCAUCUCAGGCCCGUUUAGACGCUCACAAGUGCAUCGUUAGGGCACUCAAGGAUCCCAAAACUUUUCUGCUUGACCAUCUUCUAGCUUUAAAGCCGGUGAAAUUCUUGGAAGGAGAACUAAUUCACGAUCUUUUGACAAUAUUUGUUAGUGCCAAAUUGUCUGCUUACGUCAGAUUUUACCAGAAUAACAAAGACUUCAUUGAUUCAUUGGGUUUGUCCCAUGAACAGAAUAUGGAGAAAAUGAGACUUCUAACCUUCAUGGGUAUGGCAGUAGAAAACAAGGAAAUUUUAUUUGAUACUAUGCAACAAGAACUACAGAUUGGGGCUGACGACGUGGAAGCAUUUGUAAUUGAUGCUGUAAAAACAAAAAUGAUCAACUGCAAAAUCGAUCAGACACAAAAGAAAGUUGUUGUAAGCCACAGCACACACAGAACCUUUGGUAAGCAGCAAUGGCAACAGUUAUAUGACAUUCUGAACACUUGGAAACAGAACUUAAACAAAGUGAAAAACAGUCUCCAUAGUAUUUCUGAAGCUUGAACAUUUCACCAAACAGAAGACACAAUCUGGACUCUUCACAACUAUUGUCAGUUCUUCCCCCCAAACACUUCUAUUAAGUUCAUCAAAAAAUCUAUCUUAAUUUGAAGAGGUUUGAAAUUUUUGUAUACCAUCUAAUAUAAAUAAGAAAAUAAAUAAUGGUCUGAGUGUGUUCUUUUCUCUACUGCAUAGUAAACAACGGAGCGUUCUGUUACAAAAAGACCUUUCCAUGUGUUACUUUGCAUAUUGUAAUAAAAGGACAACAAUUGUUUGUUUGUAAAUAUGAAAUACUCUGCUAAUGUUGGAAACAAAUGUAGCAGUGUUGCAGAACAUUCAUUGAUACAACAAUUCCUCUACCUAUGUAGGGGCGUAUUCCUCAACAACAUUACUCUGUCCUGAUUCAGAUUUGCCUACCCUUAAAGGGACAUGAAAACCCCAAGUUUUUCUUUCAUUAUUCAGAUAGAUAAUAUCAUUUUUAAAAAGCUUCCAAUUUACAUUAGCAAAUUUGCUUCAUUGUCAUGUUGUUCUUUGUUGAAGAUAUAUCUAGAUAGGUAGCGUGCACAUCUGAAGCACUACAGGACAGGAAAUAGUGCUGCCAUCUAGUGCUCUUGCUUAUGUAUAACAUUGUUGCAAAACUGCUGCCAUAUAGUGCUGCAGACACGUGCACACUCCUGAGCUUACAUCCUUGCUUUUCAACAAAGAAUAACAAGAACAUUAAAGGGACGCUGAACCCAAAUGUUUUUCUUUCAUGAUUCAGAUAGUGCAUGAAAUUUUAAGCAACUUUCUAAUUUACUCCUAUUAAAUUCUCUUCAUUCUCUUUGUAUCUUUAUUUGAAAUGCAAGAAUGUAAGUUUAGAUGCCGGCUCAUUGUUGGUGAACAACCUGGGUUGUUCUUGCUGAUUGUUGGAUAAAUUCAUCCACCAAUAAAAAAGUGCUGUCCAGAGUGCUGAACCAAAAAACCUUAAAUGCCUUCUUUUUCAAAUAAAGAUAGCAAGAGAACAAAGGAAAAUUGAAAAUAGGAGUAAAUUAGAAAGUUUCUCAAAAUUGCUGCUCUAUCUGAAUCAUGAAAGAAAAAAAUGGGGUUCAGUGUCCCUUUAAGAAAAUUUGAUAAUAGAAGUAAAUUAGAAAGUUGUUUAAAAUUGUAUGUUCUAUCUGAAGCGUGAAAGAAACAUUUUGGGUGUUAUGUCCCUUUAACUUACUGUGGGCUCAUCACUUCCCCCUGUUUAUAGUUUUCAUCCAGUUUCCUUUUCUUUGACGGUUUCAAUUUUUGGCCACUUAAAAACUUUUCAAUUUUGUUUAUCUGAUCCUGAAUCCGGCAGUGGGCAAAACCACUGCUUUCUUCCUGAAGUGUUGCGUCUGCUAAUAUGUUAGCGCGCUUCUCCCUGGGAGCCUGGUCAAUCGGUUCUUGAUAACCGGAUGUACUCGGUAUGGAUAAAAGAUUUGUGCUUGACAGAGAUGAAGUGUUUAAUUUUUCUUUCAAAUCUGACUGUAAGAAAAAUUUAUAAAGAUGAAAAGGAAAAUAAUUUUAGGUAACUUUGGCGGCAGUUAUACUUUUCCAUGUAUAAUUCUUGCAAAUAUGGUCUUAUAUAUCUGGACAGUUUCCCAACAAAUAAAUUCAGCUUUUUUUUUUUUUACUACACACUAGUUUUGUGUUUUAAUUUGUUUCUAUAAACCAUUGAUUAGGCUUAUGCAUCUUUAUCCUAAAUAAAUCAUGCCAUAUAUUA